AUGCUGGAAUUAGCUAAGGAAUGGGGAUGGGUGAGUGAAGGCACCGGCAUGGAUUUGGAUUUGGAGAAACUUCUCAGCAUAAUGAUAGAAGAGAGCGAUCCGAGACUGCCACCCGGAUAUUUCAAGAUGGAUGAGAUGGCGAGCCGUGCGAAGAUGAACUCACCUUCGUUGAAGAAGAUGAUGAGUGCACUUGUUAAGGAGGGAUACGCCGUUAGCAGAUCUCAUAUUAUAUCCAAUGGUCUCAAAACAGAUUGUCCCAUGUCACAUUUUAUAAGGAUUGCCAAAGAUGAAAUGCAGAGUUGAUUUUUAGUUAAGUGUAGCUGCUUGGUGUUAAUGUUUGAGUCUGCUUUUAGUUUAUAAAAUCUAAGCUAUUCAACUAAAAACUUUUGACUUAAUUUCUCUAGCUAGUUCGCUAUAAAACAAGACUAGAAAAU